AUAAAAUUAUCAAAUAUAUACUAAAAAUUGUAAAAACCUAACCAUAAUUUUUACAAUUAGAUGUGACAAUAAUUCACAAUUUAAUAAAAUAGCUUUAAUUACAUAAACUACAGAAGAAACACCGGCAUGUCAGUUCUACCACGAGGGUUUGAAUGUAUACGACCGUGCCCAAGGUACGGUUGUGUCAAAGGCGAGUACAGCGUGUACCAUAAGCGACCAAGGUGUGGACAACCGCGACCACAGCCUUUCCAGAGAGAAUGUGCUCGGUAUUGUGGUGGACCAAGUAACGUACCGAUAGAACGACCGUGCUGCUAUGACUACCCUUGUAAAGCUGACUGUUUUAACCACGGCAGCUGUACGAGGCCCAGCGGUCGGUACGCACGUACUGUUUGGUAUCCUGGCGAAUGCUGUCCUGUCGUUCCACCAUGUCAGGCCUUCACCUGUCCCAAUCCACCAUACCAUCCUUGUUGUUAUCAAACCUGUAAUAAACUUGUUUAGAUCGAUCAUGUUAAAUUCUAUUAUUGACUUCCCUGUUCCUAGAUAGCAUAAUUAGUAUAUAAAUAAAUUACAAAAAUCAAGCGAAUACAAAAAGCUUAUAAUAUAACAAAGUAUUAAAUCCAAGAGACGAAAAAUAUAGCAAAACAUUAUUAAAAAUAAUAUAUAAUAUAACAAUAAAAAUAAUGAGAACCUUUAGAUACGAAUACUAUUCGUAGAUUUUAGAUUUCAGAGCUAUUAAAUAAUCAUUUGCUUAAGCAUCUUUUAAAUUUUAUAUGCAUGGUAGGGUGGCCUCUACCUUAAUACC